CCUUCUCCUUCUUGCUUAUUCUGAUGCGGAACCGAUGGAACCAUCACCACACUUCCCUUGUCUCUCACAUCAGACUGCAUCAGCAAGCGCAGCUCGGUACUGUCCUUCCGACCCCUACAGCCCACCAGAGCAGCAAGGACAACACUUGUCGUUCGCUUCUGGUGAGCCAUCGGGCGUCGACUGGGCCUCGCUGCUGUUGCCGAGGCCGACGCAGGAGGGAGAAGGCGAAACGAGGAGGGAGAAGGGAAGGAGUUCCGGGAGGACGAGGAAGGUCGUGAGCAGACCGAGGUUCGCUUUCCGGACGAGGAGCGCCAACGACGUCCUCGACGAUGGCUAUCGGUGGAGGAAGUACGGCCAGAAGGCGGUCAAGAACAGCAUGUUCCCCAGAAGCUAUUACCGAUGUACACAUCACACAUGCAACGUGAAGAAGCAAGUCCAACGCAUGUCCGAGGACACGAGCAUCGUCGUCACCACGUACGAAGGAGUUCACAACCAUCCAUGCGAGAAGCUAAUGGAGGCACUGUCUCCUCUACUCAAGCAAGUGCACCUCCUGGCUCCAGUUAUGGGAAUGCUUUAGCUAGUUCGUGAGGACGAAGAUAGACUCGUCAUCUACAUAUUGUGCAUACAUACUCACCCACACUUGUAAUUUGUUUGUGUUUAUGAUCAUGAUAUAUCUAUCAAUGGGAAAUGUAA